GGUCGGUCCCAGAAGGCGCCAGCGUCGGUCCUCCAUCUUGUCUCUGUCAUUUGUCAUUUGUAAACGAAAAUUGUGCGUUUUCUCGUAUUAUUUGUAUGUGAAAUCCAGCUAAAUCAGCAAAAACAUUCGGAGUUUUUCCACAGUUAGUUGUAAUAAUGGCAAAACGCCCGAUCCGCAACAACAAACCAAACCUCCAAACAAAAAAGGCACAAAACGCCCGAAAGGCCAACAUCGUGAAAAAACGCGUCUUCACCAAGCCACAAGUGCAAGAUGCGCGCCAGAAACUCAUCCAGCGAAAGCUCAGCACCGUGAAAGACGCCCGGGACGUUUUGGCCAAAAUCGCCAAAGGCCAGGACGCCCGUAACAAGCUCAACAAACUGCGCCAAAAACGGAGCGCCACCGCCAAUGGCAACAUCAAAGUGAUUGGGCAAAACAUCGUCCAGAAAAUCGACAAAAACGGCAAAAUCAGCCUCGUGACAAACAAGAGCAAGUCGUCGACCGGCAUAAACGCCACGAUACAAAAAGAGUUGGGCCUGGUCACCUCGCCCAAGAAGGCGGUCGUGCGCAGGGCCCUCGCGGCGUCCCGGGUGCCCCCGACCGUGCACACAGCCGUCUUGAACGAAAUCGACUCUUACAACCAAAUGCUGGUGCGAACUUACGACCCCUCCUUGUACAAGUGGUCCAAGCCGGGCAUGCGGACCACCGCGUCGCAGUUGAUCGGGUCGCUGGAGGGGCGCGUCCGUGGGGCCAAGGGCGAAGUCUUCCAAGGGUGGCAAAAUUUCCCCAUUAACAAGCCCCUUAGGUCGCCUCACGGGUUUAUCGAUCUUGACGCCGUCGACGAUGAGGAAAUGCCGAUGGCUCCCAUCGCCCCAAUUAAGCAGACGAUAACCUUGCAGGGCUCCUCGAGAAUCUCGAAUAUUCACUCGCGGCUUGAUAGCCCCAUCGAGCAAGACACGCACGGGAUUUUCGGACAGCCUAAGACCAAAGUUGUCGUGCCGGCGGGACAUAGAAUAGUAGUGUCUAAUUUGCAGUCCACGGUUACGCAGGAUGAUGUUAAAGAAUUGUUUGAAGAUAUUGGGCAGUUGUUGGCCGCUAGAUUGGUACGUCCGGGAGUCGCUGAGGUGAUUUAUAAGAAUUUAAAGGACGCGCAGAAGGCCGUGGAUACUUAUCAUAAUAGGCAGUUGGAUGGGCAACCAAUGAAAUGUCUUUUGGUUAAUAAGAGACCUUUGAAUAAUCCAACAGCCCCCGCGUUGACAAAAAUGGAGAGUCAAGGGUUCUUUGGACGUAAUGUUACUAAAAAGCCUAGCUUCGCACUUUUCGUUAAUUAAAAUGAACUGUUUUAAUUUUGUGUUGCCUAAGAUUGUUAAAUACUAUAGAAGUUUCUGGUUCGUCGAAUUCAAAUAAGUUAGUACCGGAUUUAUCCACAAUCCACAAAGUAUUAUUUCAACGGAAAUAGCUUGCGUGUUUUUUUUUUGUAUUGUCAUUCAAGAAUUAUUGUUCUCUUAAUAUGUGUAAAUUAUAUUUAUAAUUUUUGUUUUUUUCCUUAUCCAUGGGUAAUAAAUGAUAAGUAAUAGGACUUGA